AUGAAGCUCCUCGCCUCCACCCUUCUCCUGGGUGCGGUCUCGGCGGUUUCGCCCCAGCAAGUCCUGGGUGACAGCUUCCCUCAGCAGCCUCUGCAAGAAGCUGUCAAGCCCGUCUCCGAUGCCUGGGCAAAGGGGCUCCACGCCUUCGGGGACAAGAUGAAGGGUAUGACUGCCGAAGCCAAAGCUAUCUGGGACGAUGUUGCCAUGCACUUCCCCGAAGCUAUGGACAAGGCAACCUUCUUCUCCGACCCCAAGCCACACACGAAGAGACCCGCCAGUACUUGGGAUUAUACUGUGAAGGGUGCGGAUGUGCAGAGCGUGUGGGUGGAGAACUCGCGGGGCGAGAAGGAGCGUGAUAUUGAUGGGAAGCUUGAUACCUACAACCUACGAGCAAAGAAGGUCGAUCCAUCAAAGCUCGGUGUUGAUACGGUCAAGCAGUACAGUGGUUAUCUGGAUGACGAGGAGAACGACAAGCAUCUCUUCUAUUGGUUCUUUGAAUCUCGAAAUGACCCCAAGACCGAUCCCGUAAUCUUAUGGCUCAACGGUGGCCCAGGCUGCUCUUCUCUUACCGGCCUCUUCCUCGAGCUUGGCCCCUCGUCGAUUGACAAGAACCUCAAGCUUCACAGCAACCCAUACUCCUGGAACGCAAAUGCUUCAGUCAUCUUCCUCGAUCAACCCGUUAACGUCGGCUACUCCUACAGCGGCAGCGCUGUUAGCAACACUAUUGCCGCUGGAAAGGAUGUCUAUGCUCUUCUCACCCUUUUCUUCAAGCAGUUCCCCGAGUAUGCUAAGCAGGAUUUCCACAUUGCCGGAGAGUCUUAUGCUGGUCAUUACAUUCCCGUCUUUACUUCCGAGAUCUUGUCGCAUAAGAAGCGCAACAUCAACUUGAAGUCCGUUCUCAUCGGUAACGGUCUUACUGAUGGCUUGACCCAAUAUGAACACUACAAGCCCAUGGCUUGCGGCAAGGGUGGAUACCCAGCUGUGCUUGAUGAUGGUGAAUGCCAGGCUAUGGAGAACGCACUUCCCCGAUGCCAAAGUCUCAUCCAGAACUGUUAUGAUAGCGAGAGUGUCUGGUCUUGUGUACCUGCAAGCAUCUACUGCAACAACGCCAUGAUUGGCCCGUACCAGCAAACUGGACAGAACGUUUACGACGUCCGUGGCAAAUGCGAGGAUACUAGCAACCUCUGCUACUCUGCUCUUGGAUGGAUCAGCGAAUACUUGAACAAGGCAGAUGUUCAAAAGGAGCUCGGUGUCGAAGUUAGCAGCUACGACAGCUGUAACUUUGAUAUCAACCGCAACUUCCUCUUCCAGGGUGACUGGAUGCAGCCAUUCCACCGUCUUGUACCAGGAAUCCUCGAGCAGAUUCCAGUUCUCAUCUACGCUGGUGACGCCGACUUCAUCUGCAACUGGCUCGGAAACCAAGCCUGGACUAACGCUCUCGAGUGGCCAGGGCAGAAGGACUUUAACAAGGCUUCUAUCAAGGACUUGAAGCUUGAUAAUGGUGACAAGUUCGGAAAGGUCAAGCACAGCGGAAACUUUACCUUUAUGCAAAUCUUUGGUGCCGGCCACAUGGUGCCAAUGGACCAGCCAGAGGCGUCUCUGGAUUUCCUCAACAGAUGGGUUAGCGGCGAGUGGUUUUAG